CCUGGUCCCGUGUCCGGGUCGGGAUGUAAGUGGAGUUUUUCGUCGAGAGCGACCAGAAGAAUGCCUACAUGGCGUACAUGCAGACUGAGAUUUCAGCUCGCUAUCGGGUCCUGUGAUAGCAAGCUUCACACCAACUGGUACAGGAUCCCCGAAGGCCGGGCCCCGAGUGGGUGGCCGGCGGCGAUUGCCACAGACCAUAUCGGAGACCUGGGCAAGGCCAGGCUGCCCUUUCCUUCACCUUUGGUCAGUCGUGUUGGCCCGUUGCCGUGUUGUCCUUGGUUAUUGGAUGACUCAGACGUAUGUGAGCCAUGCAGCUUAAGUUUCUUCCUCGGAGUUUGGAUAUGCUGCCAGUCUGUCGGUGUGGACUAUCAUCAUGGUAUAUGGCCGACUCUUGCAUCUCCCUGACCAGUUCGUGGAUUUGGUCCAGACGCUCUCUGAUUUGUUGCGGCAUGGUUCCAACGUCCUUUGUCCAUGGUGGGCUUCCUUGAUUCAGUGUGAGUGGAGUCCUCAUUGUUGUGCCAAACAUCAUUUCAUAUGGAGAGAACUUGUGGACUGGAUUUGGCAAGUUCCUGUACGCCUGAGCUAUGUGAGGUACUUUGCCACAAAUAUCUACAUGCCACCUGCCAUGGAGUGUUCCUUCCUUGAAUAUUUUGAGUGCUGCGUUUUUUGGGGGGGUGUCUCGGUUUCUUGA